CUCUUUAAAUGAUGUCUCUUAUGGGGACCCGUAGCGAUGCGUCCGCCCCCCAAUGGCGACAUGCACCGUGUGCUCGUAGUGUAUGUUGGGAAUCGUAGUUCCCGGUGUCUCCGGCGCCGGUCCCGAUGGCGGCGGCGGCGCGGCUGCUGCCGCUGCUGCUGCUACCGCUGGGUUGGGUCCGGUCCGACACCUGCACCGACCCUCCGGACGGCGGCUGGUAAGGGCAGGGGCUUCCCCCUGGACCGGUCCCUGUGCCGGUCCUGGAGCCGGUGCCGAGCAGAGUCUCCCGUUGCAGGCUGGCGGGCACGGUGCCGGAGGAACCACGCUGCACCGUGGAGAGAGCCGAUGCAUCCCUCACCUACUCCCUCUUCCUGCAGCGGUUCGCCUUCUCCCGUCCGGUGAUCCUCGGUGGGGUCACGGACAAUUCGGCGUUCCGAGCCCUCUGCACCCGGGAGAGGCUGCUGGCGGCCUUCGGGCCCUUCCCGGUGCGGCUCAGCACGGCCAACACCUACUCGUACCGCAAAGUGGAUGUGCCGUUCCAGGAAUACGUGGAGCACUUGCUGAAGCCGCAGGACCCGGCCCGGCUGGGCAGCGGUGGGUAUCGCCGUCCCUUCCCCCGCAGCCCGGUCCCCUCCCCGGGCUCAGCUCCCGUGUCCCCUCAGACACCCUCUACUUCUUCGGGGACAACAACUUCACCGAGUGGGGCCCCCUCUUCCAACACUACGUGCCCCCUCCCUUUCGCAUCCCGGGCACCAGCCCCGCCUACAGCUUUGGGAUCGCAGGCUCAGGCUCUGGCGUUCCCUUCCACUGGCACGGCCCUGGUUUUUCCGAGGUGAUUUUCGGCAGGAAGCGCUGGUUUCUGUACCCGCCGGAUAAAACCCCACACUUCCACCCCAAUGAGACGACACUGGCCUGGCUCCAGCACACCUAUCCCACCCUGCCACCGGCCCAGCGCCCGCUGGAGUGCACCCUGCACCCAGGGGAGGUCCUGUACUUCCCUGACCGCUGGUGGCACGCCACACUCAACCUGGACACCAGUGUCUUCAUCUCCACCUUCCUGGGCUAGGGCUGGCAGGGACAAAGACACGUUACAAUCAUGCCAGCCAGGGCAGGAGCUCCAGCUCCUGCCACCCUCAGGGAAAGGCAACCGGUACUGGGACCAACUGCCUGAGAAAGUUCUGGUUUUUACUGGUCUUUACCCUCCACAUUGAAUUAAAGUUGUUCCACUGAA